GUUUUUGUAUGCUGCAAAUAUACACUGAGGAGGUGCCACGUAUGAAAUAUCUACCCUGAGGGAAUGGUGAGCAGCCAGGGAUUUCUACUGCAUCCAAUUACUUUCAAUGUCUGCUGGAGAGAGAAUGAUUAGAUGCUAAAGAGACGAUUUUUACCUGGAAGAAGUUGACAUGUCAGUCUGAUCCAGAUGCACAAAAAAAGGAAAGAGGACAUCGCUGAUCAGAAAUGAUGUUACCUAUGGACACAGUUCUUAAGUUAUUGCCUCUGAAUCAUGAAGAUCGUGGAACACAGAGAUGCAGGCUAGGACCCAAAGCAAUGUCUGAACUGGGAGUUAAGGUUGGGUUCCCACUUCUAAUAUCCUUACCCAGUGGCAGCUGCUUGUGCACUGCUUGGCCGAGAAGAGAUCUGUCUGAUGGCUUUCUACAAGCUGAUGUCCUGUGUGCCACCUCACCUGAACCCUCAAUAGAAUAUAAGGAUGCUGUUACUUUAUGUCACCUAAAAAAACUAAAUUCUGUCAGGUUAAAAAAAGUGAAUGUGAAAAUUGUACUAAAAAAUGUGGAAGAAAAACUAAAAGUAUCAGCAACAAUUCUGCCGGAAGUUGUCAGAGACUUCAUAAGAAAUGUAUAUGUCUUACCUGGAUAUGUGGUAACCAUUCCAGAGGACUCACCAGUUGUAAAUAUAGAAAUUUUAGAUAUGGACCCAAUAUCAGAAGGAGCAGGAUUAAUAAUGGCAAAAACAAGUGUUCACAUUAAAGAGACAACCACACUGGAGUGGUACCAGAAAAUAGCAGACAAUACCUCUCGGGUGGCUGGAAUGGAUGACAUAUGUACAGCACUAAAAGAAAUUCUUAGUUUACCUUUCCUCUACCCACAGACAAUAGCAAAGUUAGGCCUUGCUUGUCCGAAAGGUCUUCUCUUAGUUGGGCCACCGGGAGUUGGUAAAACACUUUUGGUAAAAGCUGUUGCAAGACAAGUAGGUGCCUAUCUUCUAAGCCUGAAUGGGCCAGUAAUUCAUGGAUCAAGACCUGGAGAAGCUGAGGAGAAUUUGCGGAAGAUUUUUGAUAAGGCCAGAAAUGUUUCUCGUAGUGGUCCUUGUAUCCUUUUUAUUGAUGAGAUUGAUUCUUUGUGUCCUAAGCGAGGGCACAGUAAUGCCCCUGAAAACCGAAUUGUUGCCCAAUUAUUGACACUCAUGGAUGGGAUCCACAGUGACAACAAGAUGGUUAUUGUUGCUGCUACAAACCAGCCAGACGUCAUAGACUCAGCACUCAGGCGACCUGGGAGGUUCGAUAGAGAGAUCAUUAUUGGGACCCCUACAGUAAGUCAAAGAAAGGCCAUUCUGGAGGUACUGACGUCAAACGUUCCUAUACACAGCGACGUGGACCUAGAUGCUUUGGCUGAUAUGACGGUGGGUUAUGUAGGAGCUGAUCUUACUGCCCUCUGCAGAGAUGCUGCUAUGCAAGUGGUACUCCAGGCCCAGCAGGAUUGUCAACUAAAUCAAGUAAAAAGAGAACAUUUCUUGGAAGCUUUCAAAAAAAUUCGACCCACUUCUGUGCGGAGUGCUGUUGGACAGGUGGAGUUUAAGCCAGUAUUCUGGGAACAGAUUGGUGGCCUAGAAGAUAUUAAACUUUUAUUAAAACAGUGCAUUGAGUGGCCCAUGAAGUAUCCUGAUGCUUUCAUGAGGAUGGGAUUAACCUUGCCCAAAGGAGUUCUACUGUAUGGGCCUCCUGGAUGUGCCAAAACCACACUGGUGAAAGCUGUAGCUACCAGCUGCCAUUGCUCUUUUUUCUCCAUUAGUGGUGCCGAUCUUUUCUCACCGUAUGUGGGGGACUCUGAGAAGACUUUGGCACAGCUUUUUAGACAAGCUAGAGCAAGCACUCCAGCCAUUGUGUUUUUGGAUGAGAUUGAUGCAAUUGUGGGGUAUCGCACAGAAAGCAGAACAGGUUCUGGUGUCCAAGAGAGAGUUCUGUCUGUUCUACUUAAUGAACUGGAUGGUGUUGGGCUCAAGGUUACUGAACGCAGAGGCAGACAAGUACUGCUGGAGGGUGAUCACGGGCAUUUUCACGAUGAAGAGCUGGAGUUUAAAGAAGUUUUAAAUAAAUCAGUGAUGAUUGUUGCAGCAACAAACAGACCAGAUGUCUUAGACGACGCUUUGCUGCGGCCUGGGCGACUGGACAAACUCCUCUACAUACCACCACCUGAUGAGAAGGCCCGUUUAUCCAUACUACACAUAUGUACCCGUAGUAUGCCACUUUUUAAUGAUGUAAGUCUGGAGAGCCUAGCAUCAUCUACUGAAUUCUACUCUGGAGCUGAUCUUCAGAAUCUCUGUAAAGAGGCUGCCUUAAUUGCAUUACAUGCAAGUGGAUUACAGGCUACAUGUGUGAAUAAAGAACAUUUCCAACAUGCAUUAGCAUCCCAAGCCCCAACCCUGAAUGCUAAUGACCUCCGUGCCUUUCAAAAACUACGUGGCCAUACAGGAAUCCUGUAGUGAUACAUGUAAUGUCCAUGAAUUCCAUGUAAUAAAUAUUUUAUUAUAACACACUUUAUUGUGAAACUUCUGUACCAUCCUUAUUAUUACAGAAACAAGGUAAGUAAUUUCAGUACAAAUGUCAGAAUUAUUAUAUAGCAAAUCUGUUGAAAGAGGAAGAACAUUUAUCAGUAAUGACUGAUAUAAUCCAUCAUCAGAAACACAUCAGCAAUUCUCUUGUUUUAUCUACAUUGUCAAUGACUUCAUACACGUGUUCAGUGCAUACAGGCUUUGUAUUUAGAAAAACAAUGACCGAUCAGUAUAUCUAUAUACAGCUCUUCCACAGCAGUAAUACUCCUAUGUAGAAACUCAGCAUUUAGUACAAUUCUCUUAUAAAAUAUGGCUUGAUGAAUAUUAUAGGCCUCAUUCAAAGUGUACCCCCAUAAUAAACAAUUUCCCAGUAAUAGCAAAAUUAAAGGAACUUUUUGAUAACUUACUGCUUCCUCCUCCACUCAUCAGAUUCCUCUUCUUUUCUUCCCACAUGCUCUGAUCACUCACUUCACUGAUGAAUUCACUAAUAAAAAUCACUUCAUAUAAGGGAAACAGAUAUUCAGCUCUGCUAACAGACCAGGUUACAUGCUGUCCAUAGAAGUCUAUAAAGGAGGGAGUCAAAUGCAUAGAAGCAGCCGCAGUAUGGAGGACUUUAUACAGCCUUAACAUGUAUCACUGUGAGUCCAGCACUGGGGUAAAACACUAGAAGCAGCUGUGUGCAGGGUGAAGCAAUUUCUUUGCUUCCACUGUUGAUCUAUGGGAAGUGGCUUAAAUAUGGGGUACACUUUACAAGAGAAGAGGAGCCUGCUGUAAUAAUGUGACACAGGUACACUCUUAAUACACUGCUCAAAAAAGUAAAGGGAACACUUACACAACACAAUGUAACUCCAAGUCAAUCACACUUCUGUGAAAUCACACUGUCCACUCAGGAAGCAACACUGAUUGACAAUCAAUUUCACAUGCUGUUGUGCAAAUGGAACAGAAAUUAUAGGCAAUUAGCAAGACACCCC